AUGGGACGAGGUUCACCACUUUGUGAACAAUUGCAUGAGCAAAUAGCCCAACAGAAGAAUCAGAAUUCAGAGAAUCUGGAGAAAUCUCUGCACCUGUCUGCAGAAAACCAGAAUGUGACAACACAAAACGCCAAGCUGACUGCAGAAAACCAGAACCUGACAUCACAAAAAAUGAAGCUGGAGUCACAGAGGAAAAACUUAACGGAACAGAUACGGAACAUGGAGACAAAGUGGAAUGAGCUCAACGUCAGUCGAGCUCAGUGGAGCAUUGAUGCCUACUGCCCAAAACCACAAAACCAAAACAGACAGUGUAAAGCUUGUCAGGAUGGCUGGUUACCCUCCCAGUCCAGCUGCUAUGGGAUUAAUAACCCUGAUGUUUCUGGUCAGAAAACCUGGGAAGAAGCUCGAGAAAACUGCACAGGAAAGAUUUCAGAUCUGGUUGUUAUAGCUGAUCAAACGGAGAAGACAUUCAUCAGUAAUAACAGUUGGGGCAGUUCAGGAACCAAGGGAUACUGGAUUGGUCUGAGAGCUGAAGAUGGGAAAUGGAAGUGGGUCGAUGGAAGUGAUCUGACUGAAAACUCCUGGAUACAACAACCUGCUACCAACGGUCAGUGUGUAAUUUCUGUCCAGACAGAAGGAUGGAAAUCAGUGAGCUGUGGUGCCAGAAACAGAUGGAUCUGCAAAAAGAAGGCUUUAUCUCUUUAAACACUGCAGUCAUACAACUGACUUGUACUUCACAAAAAAAAAUAAAUGUAAUUUUUAAAGCAAAAAGGAAACAAUUUAAUCAAAGUGAAUAAUUUUUCAAACUUGUGUGUGUGUCUAAAAAACCCCCAGACACUCUAGUGAUACAAUUCAGGUUGUUUCAGUUUUCCACCUCCUUGUCUCAUCCAGUACAGUCCCAAACUGUCCUGUGUCUGUCUAACAGGGAUGCUACUAUAUCAAAAAGACACAAAUGUAUGCCAGUGCACAGCAGAGUACAGGGUAGAUAGAUUUUGGUAAAUAAAAAUACGACUUUAUUCCUAUUAAAUUGCAAUUUCAUUCUUGUAAUAGUAUAACUUUUUUCUCAAAUUAUUACAACUUAUUAUUAUUCUUGAAAUAUGUGAUAUGUGGGAGAGAUUUUGAAUGUGCAGAAAGUUUAGAACAUGAACAUAAAACUUGCUGAAACACAGGAGCUAAAGUUCAGGGGUUUAUAAAUGAAUUUUUAUUAAUUGUUGACGUGAAUAUGUGCCACAGGCUAAAUCUUUUAGAGAUUACUUAGAAAAGUUGAUCUCAAGGGCAUCACUUUGUGUUGCAAAGUGGUGGGGACUGAGGGGCUCAGAUUAGGGCUGUGGAGAGACACUUGUGAGACACCACGAAAUGCGAUAUUAGUUUCACAAGAACGAGAGGGAAAGUUCCUUAAUCAGUGUUUUAAAGAUAUCUUCAAUGCAGAGACAAGGUAAGAGGUGUCUGGAGGGACCUUCCCCAAACACUUCAUUUCCUGCAUUCUGGUGAAAGUUUCUGCACCAAUUUAUGGUGGAAAUGUUUUUAUUUAUGUAAAAGGAAACACAAAAUUCAGGUGGCAGCUGACAUUUCAAAAUAUAUAAAACAUC